UAUAAAUAAUAGGCGCACAGUAACUUCGAUAACUGAUCUCCUGCAAUCAUUCAUCCUAUUUCUCUGUUCUGUUAUCUUGUCUCUUCUCCCUGAUUCUCUCCUUCAUUUCUCGUUUUUCCUCCAAGGUCGUUUCUUUUUCGGAUCAGAGAAAACCCCAAACCCCUUCCCUUUCUCAAGAAGAUGGUUGAAACGCGACGGAGCUCUUCCUCCUCCAAACGCCCCCUUUCCAUUCCCGUUAAAUCCCCUCCUACUACCUCUAGUAAACGAUCCAAGGUAUCUGAGCCGGCGUCGUCAUCAAGCAAUGGAGCUGCGGUUUCUGGACCGCUUAACGAAGCUCUAGGCCCGCCUAAGGAAUCCGGGUCAGACUCAAAGGUAACGGAACUCCGGCCUGAUCUGCGGGUAUCUGAUGCAGCUAAGGCAUCUGAUGUGUCUGUCCCAGAUAAGUCUGCCGAUGCUGGUGUGGAGAACGCUACAUUGUUGUCUCCGCGAUCCGUAGGUGAAGCUAUUAUGGAUGUGGAGAAAGGGAAGGCGGUUGGUGCAGGGUUUACUGGUCGGGUUAAGAAGAGGCCAACAAAACCAGCGAAAUCAGGUUCUAAAGGGCCGUGGGGAAAGCUUCUUUCCCAGCACUCUCGGAAUCCUCACUUGGUCAUGUGUGGCACACUAUACACUGUUGGUCAAAGCCGUCAGUGUAACUUAUGUCUUAAAGAUCCCAAUGUUAGCACUGUUUUGUGCAAAGUGAAGCACAUAGAGAGCAAUGGCACUUCUAUUGCCUUGCUAGAAGUUACUGGAGGAAAAGGCUCUGUCCAGGUUAAUGGGAGAAUUUACCAUAAAAAUAAUAGUUUAAUUCUGAAUGCAGGCGAUGAACUGAUUUUCACUAGUACUGGAAAUCAUGCUUACAUUUUUCAGCAGCUCACCAAUGAUAACUUAGCUGCACCAGGCAUAACUUCUUCUGUAAGCCUUUUAGAAGCCCAGACUGCUCCUAUAAAAGGAAUUAUUGAGGCACGAUCAGGGGACCCAUCGGCUGUUGCUGGGGCAGCAACAAUAGUGGCCUCUUUGUCCACAAAUGAAAAUUCAGAGAUGUCCACUCAACCUUCUGGUUGUGACAUGUCAGAUGACUGUGUUCCAGAAAUGGACAUGAAGGACAGUGCUAGUAAUACUGAUCCAGCAACUGCUUCUUCAAGAGAGAAAACUGUUUCUCAUUCACCUGAUACUGCCAAUGAAAACCCCACUAAUCUUGAUAGACGUGCUUUGGAUGGUAGUAUGGCUGCUGAGAAUACAAAGAUCCCUGGGGCAGCUUACCCUUUAAGGCCAUUAUUGCAUAUCCUCGCUGGUACAUCUACUGACUUUGAUAUUAGUGGCAGCAUUGCCAAGGUUCUGGAUGAGCAAAGGGAGAUAAGAGAGAUGCUUAAGGAAUUUGAACCUCCUACGGCUUUGAUAUCAAGUAAGCGUGAAGCAUUUAAAGAUAGUUUACGGGAAGGCAUUCUCAAUCCGGACAAUAUAAAAGUUUCAUUUGAAAAUUUCCCAUAUUAUUUGAGUGAUGCAACGAAGACUGUUUUGAUAGCCUCAACCUAUGUGCAUUUAAAGUGUAAUAAAUUUGCAAAGUAUGCCUCAGAUCUUCCUACCAUGAGUCCCCGAAUAUUACUAUCUGGUCCUGCAGGUUCAGAAAUAUAUCAGGAGACUUUGGCAAAGGCACUUGCUAAACAUUUUGGUGCUAGAUUGCUAAUUGUUGAUUCUCUUCUGUUGCCUGGAGUAUGCUUCCUUCACUCCUUAAAAUGUUUUGAUUUGCUGCCAAUCGCAUAUUAUGAAAGAAAGAUGGGGUUGAAACUGCAGUUUGCAUGCUUCCUACUUCAUUUUUUCUAUAUCAUUCCUUUGGAAAUUUUGUGCAGAUGUUUAAUAUCUAUGGGAUCAUGGGAAGUUUGUUGGACAAAAAUGUGUCAAAACUCUGGUUGGAAGCUUCCUCGAAGAUUGAUGGUUUAUUUGCCAGAUGCUUCAAACAGAGAAAAGAUUCUAAGAGUUAUAUUAGCCAAAGAGGAAUUGUCAGCCAAUGUUGAUUUGGAAGCUAUUGCAUAUAUGACUGAUGGAUAUUCUGGAAGUGACCUAAAGAACCUUUGCGUGACUGCUGCACAUUGUCCCAUACGAGAAAUUUUGGAGAAGGAAAAGAAGGAGAGAGCUUUGGCACUGGCUGAGAAUAGACCUUUACCGUCUUUGUAUAGCAGUUCUGACAUUCGUCCUCUGAAAAUGGAUGAUUUUAAAUAUGCACACGAGCAGGUUUGUGCAAGUGUGUCAUCAGAGUCUACAAAUAUGAGUGAGCUUGUUCAAUGGAAUGAGUUAUAUGGAGAAGGUGGAUCAAGAAAGAGGAAACCUCUGAGCUACUUCAUGUAGAGGAGGUAUCUUUGUGUAUAGCAUUCCUUUUUCAUUUCAUUCUUCAACGUCACCAUAAAAGGUGGCCUAGUUGAGAGACCUGUUUGUGGAAUUCCAAAGCAGGUCCCGGCUUACUUGUAUUUAUAGUAUAUAGGUCUUCUGAAAUUUUCACAAUCUUUCUGUUAGCAACUUUUGCGAUAUUUAUCAAAGCAGGUUAACUUUAUUCAAAUCAUUUUCCAUUCCCAUCAUUCCUUGCCUGUUUGACUUUCUGUGUCACCAUGGCCUCUGCCUGUACAUACAAGUAACAAGAUCAAUUUAAGUAAUUCCUUGUCAUUCCUUCGAAAUGAAAUAAAUAUUCCUUUGCUGCAAAGGUUAGCAAACAAAACCCCCCAACUACCUUUGUUUUUAUGUUUUUAUUUUUU